AUGGCGCCGUAUCUCAGGUCUGAUGCCGACUACCUCAAGGACAAGACGCGUAGGGACUUGUUGACUCUCCUUGAAGGCGUCCGGGGAAAGAAGAAUUUAGUCGUGAGCCAGGAUCUGGCUGGACCGAUCGGGCUCUUUGUCAAGUUUUCCACGCUCCAGGAGUAUGGUGUAGACCGUGUAUUCCUCCUCGAGAACGCCAAUGUGGACUCGUCCCAGCGCAAUGUGGUAUUUCUAGUCCACGCCGAGAAGUCACGCCAGGUGCGGACCGUGGCAGAACAGGUCAAGCGUUUGCAGCGCAACGGCACCGUGGAACAUGAAAUCUCUAUAUUCUGGGUUCCUCGACGGACCCUCGUAAGUAACUCGAUUCUUGAAGAAGCCGGUGUCAUCGGAGAUGUCAAUAUCGCCGAUAUGCCUCUGUACUUCGUGCCUCUGGAGCAGGAUGUCCUUUCCUUGGAGCUUGGAGACUCUUUCGGUGACUUAUACCUGAACAAAGACCCAGGCUGUGUGUUCCUUGCAGCAAAAGCGCUCAUGGACAUCCAGCAAAGACAUGGGUACUUCCCGCGUAUCAUUGGCAAGGGUGACAAUGCUCGACGACUCGCUGAUCUCUUGCUACGGAUGAGGAAAGAACUUGAUGCUGAAGAAAGCUCGGGUUUGACUGAUCUCUCUGCAAGAGGUCUCCUGCCGAGUGCAAGCACGGAGAGCUUGAUUAUCAUCGAUCGGGAGGUCGACUUUGGGACGCCUCUCCUCACUCAACUGACGUAUGAGGGUCUGAUCGAUGAAACUGUUGGCAUCAAACAUAACCAGGCGGAUGUCGACACCGCGAUCGUGGGCCCGACGUCAGUACCUCAAGCACAAGAGUCGUCGAAAGCCCCCCAACAGACCUCCAAACAAGGUCAAAAGAGGAAAAUCCAGCUCGACUCCACAGACCAACUCUUCAGCCAAUUGCGGGAUGCGAAUUUCGCUAUCGUUGGCGAUAUCUUAAACAAAGUAGCUCGCCGCCUGGAGAGUGACUAUGAAAGUCGCCAUACGGCAAAAUCGACGACAGAGCUGCGCGAAUUUGUGAAUAAGCUGCCUUCGUAUCAAUUGGAACACCAGAGUCUUCGAGUUCACACCAACCUGGCGGAGGAAAUCAUGCGAAACACUCGCUCCGACUUGUUCCGCAAGAUCCUGGAAGUGCAGCAGAAUAACGCCGCAGGUACAGACCCGACAUACCAACACGAAGCAAUCGAGGAACUUAUAGCCCGAGAUGUACCCCUGAAGACGAUCUUGCGCCUCCUCUGCCUAGAGUCUUGCAUGUCGGGCGGUCUUCGGCCGAAAGACCUUGAACACUUUAAACGACAGAUUGUCCAAGCGUAUGGAUAUCAACACAUCCUCACUUUCAAUGCGCUGGAGAAGAUGGAACUAUUGCAGCCCCGUUCCUCCGCCACCAUGAUGCUACUUCCUACGACUGGCUCCCAGACGGGAUCUAAAACCAAUUACAACUACCUGCGUAAGAAUUUACGUCUGGUCGUCGAAGAAGUCAGCGAACAAGAUCCAAACGACAUCGCCUACGUUUUCAGUGGUUUUGCCCCGCUUAGUGUACGUCUGGUUCAAUGUGUGCUCCAAAAGCCUUAUAUCCUCUCUCUCAUUCGCGGCGGCUCAACGACGCCACUUACUACGGCUCCUCGCCCAGCCAGCACGGCCUCACCGGGUUGGCUCGGGUUCGAGGACGUCGUCAAAAGUGCUCGCGGGGCGACAUUUAGCAUCGUCCAAAAGGGAGACGACAAGGCUGUACGUGCCCGACAAACCCUAAGUGGAAAUGGCGCCACGAAGACCGUGUAUGUGUUCUUCCUCGGGGGAAUCACUUUUGCAGAGAUUGCAGCGUUGCGGUUCCUCGCGGCGCAAGAAGCCCCACAACGAAAGAUUGUGAUAUGCACCACGAGUAUAAUAAACGGGGAUCGGAUGAUGGAUGCGGCGGUCGAGAAGGGCAGCUUCGCGAAGACUGAGUAG